UUCUCUCCCUCUCUCUCUCUCUCUCUCACUCUCACAUACGAGAUAUAGCCACUGGCCUCUAUAAAGCGCGGAGCCUAGUCUUCACCUUCAGAAACUCUCCACCAACGCGCCCUUUCACCCUACGCUUAACAGAGACACUCUCUGUCAUGGACAACGCCAUACCGGAGCCAUGGCGACCCGAACCCGUCCGUUCCUCCAUGUUCCGGCCACCGGAGACCCCGCGGGAGCCCAUGGAGUUUCUCUCGCGAUCCUGGAGCGUCUCGGCUCUGGAGGUCUCGAAGGCUCUGGCCCCACCACAGACGGUGGCAUUGUCGAAGACCUCCAGUGGUGUUCUUGGUGGUGUUAACGGCGGGCCAAUACUCGAGGACUUGGCCGGAGAGUUGGAGGAGAGUGCUACGGUCUCUGGGAACCCCUUUUCGUUUGCUUCGUCCGAGACGUCACAGAUGGUGAUGGAGAGGAUCAUGUCACAGUCGCAGGAGGUAUCCCCACGCACCUCAGGCAGGCUCUCCCACAGCAGUGGCCCUCUCAACGGCACCCAGAGCUGCGGCUCCUUAACCGACAGCCCACCUGUUUCCCCCUCAGAAAUAGACGAUGCCAAGUUUUGCCGCUCGACCAACACCCACAACGCCCAAUUCCGAACUGGCUCCACACCCGGUGGAGUAGGGGGUGCCGCCGGUGGUGGUGGAAAGACUGUAGGGAGGUGGCUGAAGGACAGGAAGGAGAAGAAGAAGGAGGAGACGAGGGCCCAGAAUGCGCAGCUCCAUGCCGCUGUCUCGGUGGCUGGAGUGGCUGCUGCCGUGGCAGCUAUUGCUGCUGCCACAGCUGCCUCCUCUGGUGCUGGCAAGGAUGAGCAGAUGGCAAAGACCGACAUGGCAGUGGCAUCUGCGGCAACUUUGGUAGCCGCCCAAUGCGUCGAGGCGGCUGAGGCCAUGGGUGCUGAGCGCGAGCACCUCGCGUCUGUGUUGAGCUCCGCCGUGAAUGUCAGGUCGGCUGGAGACAUAAUGACGUUAACUGCUGCUGCUGCUACCGCUUUACGUGGGGCCGCCACAUUGAAGGCAAGGGCAUUGAAGGAAGUGUGGAAUAUAGCGGCUGUAAUCCCGGUGGAGAAGGGUAUGGGAGUGGGAGGAAACGUUAACAACGGUAGUAACGGUAAUUCCAACAGCAGCUUCAGUGGUGAGCUCGUUCCUGAAGAGAAUUUUCUGGGCAUCUGCAGUAGAGAAUUACUUGCUAGAGGCUGUGAACUCCUGAAACGCACCCGCACAGGUGAUCUUCAUUGGAAAAUAGUAUCCGUUUACAUUAACAGAAUGAACCAGGUUAUGUUGAAGAUGAAGAGCAGGCACGUUGCUGGGACCAUCACAAAGAAGAAAAAGAAUAUGGUAUUGGAGGUGAUUAAAGAUAUGCCAGCAUGGCCCGGCCGCCACUUGCUGGAAGGUGGCGAGCAUCGCCGAUACUUUGGAUUGAAAACUGUAUUGCGGGGAGUCGUAGAAUUUGAGUGCAGGAACCAGAAGGAGUAUGAUAUCUGGACUCAAGGUGUUUCAAGGCUCCUCACCAUUGCUGCUGAAAGAAAUAACAGGCAUAGGGUGUGAAAUGUCCUCUUUACAUGAGAGGGUGAUUUUGGCAAAUGGCCUAGUUGGGACCUAGGUUGUGGCCCUCCGAACAUAAUAGGGUGGGUAUUUUGAAGUUCAGUGGGGGCUGUUUUUCUUGGGUUCCUAUUGUAAAAAGGAGAAAUUCAAAAAGAUGAGUUAAUGUCCAAAUGGGUCACACUGAUCUGGGGGAGAAUAUGGAUUGAGCUUUUCUUUUUGUUUCUGAAUGGAAAAGUAAAGUGAUUUAAAUCAAAGUAACACCAUGUGAUCCAAGUCUUCUGUUCCCCUAUGCACAAAAAGGAAAGGAGUAUCUUGGACUGAGGCAGUCAAAAAGAGAAGGAACGAAUCCCAUUUUGAGUAAAGCAUAACGUUAGUAGAGAAGAUAAGGACAUGGCCCCAUUCUAUGUGCUUAUAUAUUUUAUUGUAUUUGGGUUUGGCUUGUCCUUUGAUUGCUUUUUGGCACCUAGUUUAAGACUUUUGGGGGGUUUAGCUGCGGUAGAACCAUGAUUGUCUUGUCCUGUAAUCUUCUGCUUUAUAUAUAAUAAUUAUGAUUGGAUUA